AUGAUGACGUGCCGGCUGAGUUCGCGGCGGCUGGGCGGGUCGCGAGGCUCGCUGCAUGCUGGCACUGCGUGCUCCGCCGCCAGCGAGCUCGACCUCUCCUCGCGCUCACGACGCUCACACAAGGCUAGAUUAAAAUUGUUGGGUGCCAGCGGAGAGGCGCCACUGCUGGGCGGAUGGCGCAGUACGCCGCACACGCCGCACGCACCCGCCACUCCCGCGCCGCACCACUCGCACAAUCACCUCGCCACGCCGCAUUGCAACGGCACCGAUAGUGGUAGCAGAGGAGGCCUGAGGAGACGUUCUACUUACACCAGUGGGCGGUUACGCUCCGGGCCACACUGGUCCUUCGUGUUCGACCCUGCUGGCCGGCUCUGCUACUAUUGGUCCAUGGUUGUUUCUCUCGCCUUUCUGUACAAUUUAUGGGUCAUCGUCUAUAGGUUCGCCUUCCAAGAGAUCAAUGGUGAAACGCUAAUAGUGUGGUUCUGCUUAGAUUACUUUUCGGAUUUUCUUUAUCUCGCGGACAUUUUAUUUCAUUUUCGAACGGGUUACCUGGAAGAUGGCGUGUUACAAACAGACGCUGCAAAGUUACGUGCGCAUUAUAUGAACUCUACUACAUUCUACAUAGACUGUUUGUGUUUGUUGCCGCUUGACUUUCUUUAUCUCUCCAUCGGGUUCAACUCCAUAUUGCGCUCGUUCCGGCUAGUGAAGAUCUACCGUUUCUGGGCGUUCAUGGAUCGUACAGAACGUCACACAAACUAUCCUAAUCUAUUUAGAUCGACCAGUUUAAUUCAUUAUUUGUUAGUGAUAUUCCACUGGAAUGGGUGCUUGUACCAUAUUAUAUAUAAAAACAAUGGUUUUGGUAGUAAAAAUUGGGUGUACCAUGAUACAGAAACUGCAGAUGUUGUGAAACAGUAUCUUCAGAGUUAUUACUGGUGUACAUUGGCGCUAACUACUAUAGGAGAUCUACCACGACCGCGAAGUAAAGGGGAGUACGUCUUUGUAAUCGCUCAACUAUUGUUUGGGCUCCUACUCUUCGCCACAGUGCUGGGGCAUGUUGCCAACAUCGUCACCUCCGUCAGCACGGCAAGGAAGGAAUUUCAAGCAAAAUUGGACGGCGUUAAAACAUAUAUGCGGAUGAGGCGAGUACCAACGCAUUUGCAAGUGAAAGUGAUAAAAUGGUUCGAUUAUCUUUGGCUCACUCAAAAGUGUUCCGACGAGGAAAAGGCUGUCUCCUGUCUCCCCGACAAACUUAAGGCGGAAAUUGCUAUAAACGUCCAUCUUGACACGUUGAAGAGGGUAGAGAUCUUUCAGAACACGGAAGCGGGGUUUUUAUGCGAGCUAGUUCUCAGACUUCGACCAGUGCUGUUCUCGCCAGGCGAUUAUAUUUGCAGGAAAGGUGAAGUUGGAAAAGAAAUGUACAUAGUGAACCGAGGGAAACUGCAGGUGGUAGGUGACAACGGAAAAACUGUUUUGGCAACACUCAAGGCGGGUUCUUAUUUUGGCGAAAUUUCCAUUCUGAACAUGGGCACGGCAGGCAACCGGCGGACAGCGUCGGUGCGUUCCGUGGGCUACUCUGACCUGUUCGUGCUAAGCAAGAAGGACAUGUGGGAUGUUCUCAAGGAGUAUCCCGCAGCCAGAGUUCGCCUUGAAGCGAUCGCCGUCAAGAGACUUGAGAAAUAUAAAAAGGCUCCACUAGAGAAAGUGGCAAUGGGACGAUGCCAAUCUACGCCAGGACUAGUGGAAACGAGUGGUCGCGUUCCAAUAGAAGAAAUGCAGCUGCCGCCUGCUCCUAUGCCCCCGCCUUUGCAUAUUUCACACCCGCCUUCCUAUCGGGACCAGCUUUUUAGUUCGUCAGCAAGCCCCCUACGUGUAGCAUCCCCCGUUGCGUCGUGUGCGUCGAGUGCUAGAAGCAGUGCAGCGGGUGGCGCAAGUGUCGCCGCGGGUAGCACCGCGCCGCGUGUACUCCUCGAUUCGCAUGAUGUGCUUGAGUGCGAGAUCAAAAGGCUACGUGAACGUCUUUAUACAGUCGAGACCGAGAAUGCUGCGAUGUCAGCGAAACUAAGCCAGCAACAAUGGGAAGUUGAUCAAAGAUUGCAGGAGAUUGAAAUGCAAAUUUGCGGUGGCAGCUCGUCAAGCUCGCAGGAGGAAAACGAACGGAAUCGUGAGAGCAUUAUUUAA